GCCAGAUUUAAAUCAGCGAGAGAAGUUAACGCUGAAUGGGACAAGACAUUUCUACAUUCAUGGAAGUUCAGAGCUACAAUCGAAAACUAUUAAGGUGACCCCGAAACUACCGAGCACUUAAGCGAAAAUAGUUUCUGUCUAAAGGUAAGUAACGUUUAAUAUUGAAUUUAGUGUUGGACGAAGGACGCAUGUCAUAUCUUUAGGUCUAUCACAGGGUAACAAGUCAGUUAAUAUCAAUAUAAAAGAAUAAAUGUGUUAAAUCUUAAUGUAACUUGGUCUCAGGGGACUUUCGAAAGACAACUCACAAGCGAGCCUGUUGUUCAGGUCAAACCUGAUUCAUUCACCUGCCGAGGUAACUGCCAACAACAACAUUGAAGUAACAUUACAGAGAUUUUUUCCCCACAUCACUUCAUCUACUUCCUUUUAGUUUGUAUUAUUUUUUUCUACAUAUUUAAUGGCAUUAAAGUGAAACACGCGUGUAAUGGUAAGUAUUAAAGCCUAAUGUUCAAGUACAUAAGGCAGAAACGAAGUGUUCGUUUUCAGCCAACUGCGGUAUAACGAAUAAUAAUAUUAUUUAUGACUCGUUGUCCAAAUUCACAAUUUUUUAUUUCUAUUAACCCAUCUGUCUCCCAUCUAGCUAAGGUAUCAUCUCUAAUUAUUGAGCCAAAAGACAAAUACUGAAGCCAUGAUUAUUUUUAAAGCACCUGUAAAGAGCUUAUAGCAGGCUAUAAAACAGGCAAACACUGAGUUUUUAUGAUCAAACAGCACUGUCAGUAACAAGAUGGAUUAUUUCUACUCGUAGUCUAUUGUAGCUUUUAAUGUCUGAAACCACAGCAAUGAGGUAGGCGUCAGACCAGUGGAACAAAUACACUGAAAGCAGGGAGAAAUUUUUCUUUCAAAACACUACUUAUGUGUACAGAAUACAUUAAGCAAAGAGGUUAAAGGAAAUAAUAUUCUUUUUUUUUCAUUUAAUACACUCAAGGUCAUCUUACAAGGUGUCAUAAAAUAAGCUGCCACAUAACGAAAAUAUAUUGACAUAUUUAGAUAUAUACCUAAAAUCAAAUCAGAAUACCAUUUGUAAAAUCCAUGUGAUCACAGUUGAAAAGCCAGAUGAAACAGAUCCGUCUAAAAUUGGGGUUUGAAAAUGGAAAAGUUGAUGUAAUGGAAGCAGAAGGUACUGCUUUUUCUGGAAGAAGCAAAGCUGACACAAAACAAAAUUUCUUUAACAUUUUUAAACAAAGUGAUCAAUGACUAGCCUCUUUGCAGAUAAAAUUUUUGGAGUAAUAGUACAAAAUUUAAAACUGCCAUUUCAACUUAUUUCUUAAUUGGUAUCACUCCUAAGUCCCUCCCUUGGUUUAUUUUUUCCUUCUCAGUGUGCACAUCCUCUUCUCAGCAUGGCUGAGCCUGCUGAGCUGCUGCUUAUUAAGGACCAGUAUGAGUUGGCGUUUCGUUCCCUGAGCCGUGGGCUGGCAGCAGAAGAAGCUGGGAAUAAAGUAGAGGCCCUGGAGUAUUACAGAAAAGGUCACCAGCACCUUACCCAAGGAGUGGAGGUGCCCACUGGAGGGACAAGGCAGCAUGGAGCGGUCUGGGACACAGCCAGACAGCUUCAGCAGAAAAUGAGGGGCACGCUGCAGACUGUCAACACCCACCUCUCUGAUCUGCAGACCUCCCAGAUGACUUCAGGGGCUCAUAGGGGCCUACUGUUAAAAGAUCUUCAGCCUCCCCAAAGCUCCCUUCACCAUUUGUACCCCAGCAUACCUACCACGAACCAGAAUACAACCCCAACCCCUAAAACUCCCCCUCCUAGGCCUCCUUCCCCUGCUGUUCAGCACAUGCACACACACCCCGCAGCAGCACCAGGAACAACUGCCAUGGCAAACACAGGGGAACAACCACCAGCAUACACACGGCAGCCAACUGCUGGCCACCGCAGCCUGGCUUAUGGUCUUGCUGGAGGAGGCCUCCAGACUGGAGCAGGUACAGGAAGUGAUGGACAUGACCUGCUUUUCAUCCCCUCAGGAGUGCAGAUGUUUUUCGUGGCGCCAAAUGGACAGGUCAGCUCUCUGUCUUAUCCUGGCUUCCUUCGUAUCAUUGCAUUUGACAACCAGCAAAAGGACGUCGCUGCAGGGAGGCCCUCAGCAUUUUUACAUGUAAGUAAACAGCAUGCUUUAACAAUUAUGUAUGUCUUUGGGUGUUGGUGUGACACAAAAGAUAUUUUCCUGGGGUGUGUUCUUUGGGCAAGCAUCUUUAAGUACAACUAUUUGCAAAGCUACUGGUUUAAAUACUAUUAGACAAACUAUGUUAUGAAUUAAACAUUAAUGUUGGAGCAUAGAUAGUUAUCAUAUUUAGUUACAAAAUUUGGGGUCUUCAUGGUCUUCAUAGCAACUCAUGCACAUUUUAUGAUAAAAAAGUAAAGUGGUUUUAAAGGUUCAUGAAUUUCACUUGCAUCUCUGUUUUGUCUGUUUUAUCAACUUGAUGAAUAGAUGAUUUGUCUUUCAGACCUCACAGAGCAGUCAAAAACACACAUCCAACUUCUCCAGGGUUCAAUUUGAUCUUAUAAAGAAACAGGCCAUAACAAAAAGUUAAAUCUAUUUGUAAGGACAUAAAACAGACAAAAGAAACUCUUAAAAUUUGAGAAACCAGCUAUGAUAAAAUAUGUUUGUCGUUUUCAUUGAUACCACUAAAUCAUCACUUUACUUAUCUUGGUAUACUCAAGCAGUAUGACUCCCCACAAUGUCAAUGUGUUGCUUAAUGUCCAACUGCUUAAGAGGAGUUUUGGAGUAAGUUUCUAAUUACUUUGAUAGCACAAGCUCCUCAAAAUACAUUAUAGCCCAUCCACUGUGACCCUGUGUGUGAGGCUGUAAUAAAUCCUGUUAGUUUUGUGUGAUUUUUGUUUCGAGUCAAAGUAAAUCUUAUGAGAUAGCUACAAUGUAUCCCUGCUCCUCUACAAAGCGUGCAUUAUUCCGUUCUGUGUACUGCAACUAAACCCAUGACUCUCUGUUCCCACCACACCAGGCGGGUGGGCCGCUUGAUUGUAUUCUGGCUUUGCUUUGUUUCCCAGUAACACAAUGGUCCCAUUAACAGAUGACUCUGCGCUUCUGUUGUGCUGUUGGUCAGUGUCCUGCACCCUCACAGGGUCAUCUGUUUGACACCAUAACAGUGGAAUGAUGCAGCAGAAAAUCCGUACCUGAUAUAAGGUUUCUAACAUGUCAACAAAUGAAGCGCAGGCCGCCAUAUUGUUCUACGCACUGUGGACAGUUCUGGAAGUAUUUAAAUCUUUGCUGAGGUUCACUGGACACGCUUUGUGAUCACACAAUUUUUACUUAAACUCAAAUAUUAUUCAAUGGAUUUUAGUUUGAUAAAAAAUUGAUUCUUAUCAGAGAGCUUGCUGAUGCUUGUAUAUCUGUGACAGUCAGCUUUGGUCUGUGUUAUAUCAGCCUUGGCUACUUUAUCGUCGUGGAUGCAAAGUAAAGAUUUGGCCGGGUUAUUUUAACGUGUAUUUGAGAGGGAAACAGGCUGAAUGAGCCUUUGCAGCCUUACAAAUCUAACCACUGAGGUUGCUGGGGGGUAAAAAUAUAUAUUGAGUGUCAAAUAUUUGAGACUAUUGGAAAGCAUACUGGACUUAAGUGUUUACUAACUGUUUAGAUGUAAACAAGCAUUAACUGGCAACCAGUCUAAAGCAUUUACCACCUUUCCAUUUUUUGAUCCGUCUUUGUGCCUUUAAGGUUUGUGACUGGCUGUACCCACUGACAACAGACACCCCAGUCCUGUUGGCUAACUCAGGGGUCUACAUGUUCCCUGAUUGCCUGGCAGAGACGCCAGGGUCCUACGUGGGCAUUGUGUUGUCCUCUGAACUGCCUGCUGCAGACCGAGAGAUGUUUCAUGAUGUCUUAUCACAGCUGGCUGACCUCAGGAUUCAGGUAGGGAGAGGAGUGACUACUUUUGAAGAAUAUGAAAAAGAGGGUGGGGUGCCGACAUCAUCUCUUGCUUGACAGUUCAGGAGAAAAACAAAACAGCAGGUGUAUUGUGGGUAGAAACAUUCUUAGCUAUCUGAGUCACAUGAAUGCGUGUUCUGUUUGGAUUUAUAAAUGCAUGUUCCUGAUGUAAUCAUUAUAAUCAUUGUAAAUGAUAUGCAUAUGGCUUCAGGGUCCUGCGGGAUCAGGGUCAGUCAUCAAUCUGAAUGAGAAAAUCCCCCUUGGUACCCCAGGAGGGCAAACAGCACUUGCCUUGCCCACAGGGGAGAAGGCAAAACCACUUCCUGGCUGGAGUGAAAAGAUGGCACAAGGAAUCUUGUCAGGUAUGCUUGUAAACAAUAAUGCUCAGAGUGAAAAAGACUGACACAAAACACCACUGCUCCACGACCACUAGAGGACUCACUUUUGCUACUGUUGACAGAAAUUUUUCCCAUCAACCUCUUCAUUUUUCUGCUGUAUACCAAUAUGAGCAAAAUGAUAGCACCAACAAUACCUCUUACUGAACAUCUUUGCUCUUCAGGUGCUACAAAGAUGAGUGUUGGUCUGGUGAAAGGGGCAGAGGCCACAGGUAGGGCCAUUCAUAAAGGAGCAGCCAAGAUAAGAGACCACAUCACACCAGAGGAGACUCCUUCAGAGGUCAGCCCUCGUGUCACCAAAAGUCUGCAGGUGGCCAGACAGGCUACUGGCGGUGCUGUACGGGUCAGCCAGUUCUUAGGUGAGUCAUGAAUAUAGAAAAAAGCUAAAGGAGAACAUAAUGAUCAUUCAAACACCAGAGGGCACAGAGCAAAUGAAAAUCUGAAAACCAAAAAUAAAAACAGGAUGAUGAGCAAGCAUCACACACAUUCCAAGAAAACUCCAAAAAGGCUCAUGGGUUUCUGUAUUAUAAAUGAAUAUGUUUAAUUGGAUAGACUUUUAUGUGCACUUCUACUUGUGCAUAUUUUUCACAGUUGAUGGAGUGAGUUCAGUGGCAGGACACGUGGCAGAGAAGAUGGCGCCUCAUGUGAAGAAACAUGGCGCUAAGCUGGUCCCAGAGUCCUUGAGAAAGGGCAAAGAUGGUCAGCCGUCUACUUUGGAUGGAGCCAAGCAUGUGGCAGUCAGCAGUGUGCAAGGUAGGUGCCAGGAAAAGAGAAUUUUAGGGGACAUGCUUGUUGAUCGCAUAUGAUUCAGCUCAUCCUGUUUUAUUGUCCUUGAUGGUUUUCAUAUCUAUAGCUUUGUCACUUGAAAUCUUUCAAGUCUUUUUGGCAUUUGCAAAAGUGAAUGUCCCAGACUUUGUACAGUACCAAAGGUUUUUGGUUUAUUUUCUUUAUAUGCACUGCAGGUUUCUCGACUAUUUGGACCAGUCUGGAGACCGGAGCAAAGCUCAUUGGCAAAAGCGUUGCAGCAGAGACAGUCACAUGUGUGACCUACAAGUAAGUUUAACUUCUCUUAAUUCACAGACAUUUUCUGUUUAUUUGUGAAUUAUUUCCGAUUGUCUUUCCAGCCUGUUUCUGGAGGAAACUCAGAAUUAGAAAGGACUCAGAAUUAGAAACCAGUUCAGCUAUUGCCUUCUCUGUUUCUUUCUUCUUGGUACGUUUGGGAACUGAUCUGUCCUCACACUUGUUUCUUUUCAGAUUUAGGGGCUUAGAGAAUCUCUUAAACAUGUCCAGGAGCACAUGACUGCAUGGGGGGAGUAAAGGCAAAGACUUUUGAACUUAUAACUUACCUUGCAUUUAUAUUCUUUCAUUAACCCAUAUCAAGUCAGAAAAUAACUCUUGAUAUAAAAAAAUCCAAUUUUAUUCCAAAAAGCUAACAUGGAUUAAUUUUUAUCACGUUUACUGACACUUGCUUUCUCUCUGAUUCAAUUUUGUCUGGACGUUUUAGUGUGUUUUGGGUUCUUUUUUGACUUGAUGUAGCUCAAGCUUCUGUUAUUUGUUUGAUUUUCUGGGUCGGUUACAGGUAUGUUAACCUCAGCUUCAUGUCUGCUUGUGUUGGGUGGUUCUACUUUUGCUGUUCUUACUUUUCUUUCUGACUUGUUGCCAAUAAAACUGCUUAAAGUUGAA